AUGCGAAAUGCUUCGAUUCUCUCAUCAUUUUUCUUUAUUUUAACCUUACAUUUACUCGUUGCUGCUCCACAAAUCCCUUUCUUGGAAAUGAGGAUGAGAAAAAAUGACGCUCGCUCAUUAACAAAGAUCAUGCCACGACGAAAUUUUCAAGAUUUUUACAGGGACUAUCGUUUCUCUAAUGGUCAUCCCUAUCAAAUGGUUGUUCUUGAUGGCCGUGUCUUUACAUUGAAAGAC